AUGGCCGAAGAUAGCCUGGAAGUAGAAAUUCUAGACCGUCUAGAUAAAGACACCGAGGAGGAAGACAUGGCCGAGGAUCCACCCAGACCGGUUUCCUUGCCGUUGGGAGCAGCGAAGGCCUUCCUGCGCCCGACGCCGAGUGCCUUCGCCGGAGUCGAUAAAAAGUACCCGGACACUAAGGCAAGGAGGAGGAAGAGUGCACAAACACUAGAACACCAAACCAACCAAUACGAGUACUUAUCACCGUCCACCAUAAUCGUUUGGGCUGUGGGCCACCAGGUGUACUUCAAUAUCCGCCCGGAGCAACUCGAUAAAGGUGUAACGGGUAAGAAGUUGUCUGAGAUUUAUGGUGUUGGACAAGCAACAAUUUCUGACAUUAAAAACAGUAAGUCAACACUUUUAAACUUUGUUUCGGUACUUGAAAAUGAAGAUGGAAGUUCCUCCAGGAAAACAAUGAAGACAGCAAUCAACAAAAAUUUGGAAGAUGCCGUGUUUAAAUGGUUUUUGCAGCAACGUUCUAUGGGAAAUACGAUUUCAGGUCCAAUCCUUUGUGAAAAAGCCAAAAUCUUAACAGAAAAGCUUGGUUAUUCAUCUUUAAAGGCUAGUAACGGCUGGCUAAGGAAUUUUAAAUUCAGGCAUGGUGUACGCGAGUUAGAUAUUGGUGAAUCCUAUGAUCCGGAGUUUGUUUAUAAUGCCGAUGAAACUGGCCUUGUUUGGAAAGUUUUACCAAAAACCACUUUGGCUUCUAAAAGGGAAUCUAGUGCCCCUGGACAUAAGGUCAGUAAAGAAUGUGUUACAGUGCUUAACUGUGCCAACUCCACUGGAAAUCAUAAACUGCCACUUCUUUUGAUAGGAAAAUCAAGAAAUCCAAGAGCAUUUAAAAACGCAAAAAAACUUCCACUCUUCUACAAAAGUCAACCCAAGGCCUGGAUGACUGCAGCUUUGUUUACCGAAUGGUAUGAUGAAGUGUUUAUUCCUGAAGUGAAAAAGCACCAAAAAUCGGUGGGAAAAGAAGGCAGUAAGGUGCUUUUAAUUGUUGAUAACGCACCCACUCAUCCUACAGCAGAACUGUUGGAAAGAGAGAAUGGGCAGUUUAAAACGACGUUUUUGCCUCCCAAUGUUACAAGUUUGCUGCAACCCAUGGACCAGUCUGUUAUUGAAACAAUGAAGCGCCAUUACAGAAGGCAACUGCUGAGAAAACUGCUGAUAGAAGGUGCUGAAGAUGAAGAAUUGGUUUUUGAAAAUCAUAGCAAAAUAAAUUUAAAGGACAGCUGUUACAUGGUAGCGGAAGCUUGGAGUUUGGUUACGGCAGUGACGCUAAGACAAUCUGAAGAAAAUGAGAAACAAGAAUAUGGAGAGGAUGAUGAUGAUGAAGAUGCGUUGUCACUAGAGGAAAUAAGAAAAAUGAUUGUAAAAAUUCCUGGUUGUACAGAAGUAAGUGCAGAAGAUGUAGGAGAGUGGAUGGCUUGUGACACGUCUGACCCUGGUUUUCAAAUUCUCAAUGACGAUGAAAUUGUUGUAAGUGUGAGAGAAGAUGUUGAAGUGGAAGUGGAAGAAGAACUUUCUGCUGAUGUUGAAGUAGACGCUGGACCAUCAGCUAGUGAAGCAUUUGCCGGCCUCGAGACUGCUUUGAAGUGGAUGGAGCGUCAGCCCGAGUGUGACCACUUGCAACUGCUCACCGUCAAGCGAAUGCGUGACCUGGCUGCCCGAAAACGGUUGAAGACCGCAAAACAGCUUACAUUGACGGAGAUGUUUAAAAAACAAUGA